GCUCGUAUCUAGUGGAAGUUGUCAUACGCGGUAAAACACGCUAUUUUGAUGCGAAAAAUUACGACGGCACGAAUGUGGGGCGAUUUUCCAACCAAAAGGGUGUAUUAAAAGCUCUCAAAGAUGUCAGACGACGAUCAGACAGCAGAGUCUUCCCUUAUUUUGAAGAAUCGGAGUGGAAGGACGUUAAUGACGAUUUGGCAAAGGAAGCUAACGCGUGUUAUAAGCUAGAUGGAAGUGAGCUCCAGGUUUUCUCGAAGAUCGACAUUGAGCCGAGUGAUGAUCCAGUUGAGAUAUUCACGUCGUAUGGUGAUAUUAGAUCGUUCUGGAUCGCUGCAAUUGUCCGAGAACCGACAAAUUUCCCCCAAGAGAUGGUGAGAAUUGUCAGAAAGCUUUUCAACGCUUCUCGCAGCAACUGGUCACUGGAGCAGAAGGUCCGUUGGGGAAGCUGCGAAGAUUUAAUUGAUGAAAACGGGAAGGUGUGUACUUUCAUUGAAGAAUAAUUUCACUAUAUGUGUUCUUGCGGAUGUUUAAAAAAGAAAUGAUUUAAAAUUGCUUUCAAUCUCACAAAACGGCUAUUAGUAUCAAAUUUGUUAUAUAUAUAUAUAUAUAUAUAUAUAUAUAUAUAUAUAUAUAUAUAUAUAUAUAUAUAUAUAUAUAUAUAUAUAUAUAUAUAUAACCUCAAAUAAAUGUUAUCCUAUCCAGGAAGGCCUAACUUAAAUUUUGAUGUAUAACACAUGCAUUUUUGUUUAGUAUUACCCAAGAUAUUGGUAAAUCAAUUUGAAUAUGCAAUUCCAAAAGGUUCCAAAACUAGCUGAAAAUAGCCUAUUAAAUACGAGUAAAGGAAGUUAACGAUAUAUGAAGAACACAAAGGCAGUAAAUAACGCGUUUAUCAUGGAAAAUUAAAUAACUAUAUUCUUGCACGUGUGACCAUACUAUCGAACGAACGUUGGAUUUAUUUGCUGAUCAAAGUUAUGGCAAUCAGCAAUAAUCGCUUCACGAAGCUGUCUCAAAUUGUUCGGUUGUUGAUCUAAUUUAAUUCCCUAUAGCUAUGGGACAUGGAAAUACUGCGAAGCAAUUCUUAAUUAAAAGAGCCAUGUUUUUCGAAAUUUUGUUGCUUUUCAAGUGAUAAUAAAACAAAUAAAUAAAUAAGGAAAAUCAUUCGUUACACGUUUCAAUUCAAAUUAAAUUCAUACAAGCGAAUAUGUCUGACGAAACUCUAAAAUUUAUCAAAACAGUUUAAUAGGCCAUUUUUAGCCAAUUUGUUAGAUUUUCAAAAAUUCGUUCCAAAUUUUAUUUGGCGAUAUCCCAGUCAAUAUUGCACGUAAAUAAACAUACUAUAGCUCAAAAUUUAAGUUAGACUUUUAUGAAUACAGCUACGUUUAUUUCAGCGAUGUAACAUUUAUAGUUUUUUCGCUGUACUAAAUCAAACGCGUGAACUUUUUUUUGCGCCACCCGGUAUAUAUAUAUAUAUAUAUAUAUAUAUAUAUAUAUAUAUAUAUAUAUAUAUAUAUAUAUAGACUAUAUAUAUAUAUAUAUAUAUAUAUAUAUAUAUAUAUAUAUAUAUAUAUAUAUAUAUAUAUAUAUAUAUAUAUAUAUAUAUAUAUAUAUAUAAUAUAUAUAUAUAUAUAUAUAUAUAUAUAAGGGCUUAAACUCAAGCAAAUUGUCUGAAAUUUUGUACAGUAAUUAAAAACCGAACAAAUUUUCUACCUAUUAACUCAAAAUAUGAUUAAAGCUUUUAAAAUUCGUGCGAAAGCCAUUUCUAGUUUGUUAGAAAAGACACCCCCCCUGGUUUACAGAAUUUGAGUUCAAGAAAUUUUUGUCAUUAUUCUACAUUAUAAACACCCAAAGAAGCUAUAUACAUCAAAAACUGGAUACUAAUAGCUGUUUUGCGAAAUUGAGAGCAAUUUCAAAUCUGUUCAGUUUUUUUAUACACCCUGCAUGUAUCAGAGAUUUCAGUAUAGUUUAUGCGAUUUGUAAAGAAACUUUAAUGAAAUACGCUUGGGCUGUGUGUUACCUUAACAGCUUAUUUGAUGGAAAAAAGUGCGAAUCCUGUCCCCUACACGGCGUCCAAAGCUCAAUGUCGCCAGGCCUUAUACCUGAAUGUAAGACUGUAUAGUAUCCAUGUUUGUUUGUAAAGCAAUGAAAACAAUGUUCAAAGGGCGUUGAUAAGUACACAGGUGCUAUCGAAGCGUACUGUAUUACUAUUAAUAAUAUAUAUAAAGAUAUUACUCGACUGUGAUUGGUUGAUUUCAGUGCAGUUAAUCCCAAAAAGCAGUGCAAUUUUCUGUAAUCACAGUGCAAUUUUCUGUAAUCACAGUGCAAGUUUUUGUAAUCACAGUGCAAUUUUCUGUAAUCACAGUGCAAAAAUCUGUAACAAACUGAUCUGAUUGGUGGAAAAACAUUGUGAUGAUUAACUCAACCAAUCAUUUUAAAACAAUUUAGUUUGAGGUCUUUGAAAAACUCACUCGUGCAUGUUAUAUGCAAAUUGCACUCGAAACCUUGCUAUUACCUAUACUAAUAGUAUUUCAUGUAUAUAUUAUUAAAGUAAUAUAGCACGUUUCUUGUAUAGUAUGCACUUUGCCCUUAAUUAAGACAGUCCUUUCUCUAUUACUAUUGAUUGAAAACCAGUUUCAAAAAUAUCAAUAUAAAAAACUCAUCUCUUGCAUAUCGACACAUUCCGCAUCCAAAAACCACAGUCGUUUCGAAAUGCACGCAUGGUUACCAGGCCUGGACGUUAGCUAUAUACAUCUUUUGCCUUUGCACAAUUAAAUUUCUCUCGUUCUCCUGAAAUUAAAUAAGCUCGGAUCAAAUGAGGAUAAGAGUGCAUGGGAAUUGGCAGCCAUGCACGCGACUCAUAUAUGAUGUGCUCUAUUUAAGUCAAAACUUUUAUCAUGUUCAUUUUGAAAUCAAUGGUUGAUUGGCUCUGGGGAGUGCGAUUGGUGGUAAAAUCGCAUCCGUGGUUCAACCAAUCGUACUAGAGUGCCGUCCUCAACCAAUCAUAUUUAAUCGCAUGAUUCAAAAAGCAAUCACGAGUUGUUAAGAAAAGUGUGAUAUGGCAAUGAGCAGAACGAAAAAUUUACAUUUGUCUGCAUGAUUACUCUAUGAAAUAUGGUCAAAAUGCCAACAAAAGAAACUUUAAAGGCAAUUUUCCAUUGCAGUCGCUUUGCCCGCUCGGGCGGAGCGGGCUUUGAAAAUCUGUUCACGCGGGCGUGACGGGCUUCAGAAACAAUGAACGCUCCGCCUGCGCGGGCAAAGUGACUGCAAUGGAAAAUUGCCUUAAAGUGUCAGGUGAAACAAUCGUAGUUCCGAUGUUUGAACGCACAAAACUGCAUCAAAUUAGCUCUAUCAAAUCACUCAUAAGACCAAUAAUAUGUUUAAACUUAGCUAUACUUGUGUUAACAUCUUAUUCUUUAAGAAUUUCGUCGUUUUUCAAACGAAAAAAUACAGUUUGAUAAAACUGUCUUGUUCGCUUAUUGUUGCUAUGCUACGGCAUUCAGGGAGGCACCGUGGUGUCCACGGUUGGCACAAAAGACAGCAAAUUCGGCCACGUACAAAUAACUUUCUGUCGUUAGUUUGGAAUAUAACGAAACUUCCUCACAGGAGAGAACUUGCCAUUCCUAAAAAUCCUAUCGUUUUUGAUUUUCGAUUUGGUUACAUUUUGGCGGGAAAAUCACGUGCUAACUUUGGCGCCAAAAAAUUAAACACGAGAUUUGGACAUGCUAGGAACAUUUUUGAAGAGAACAUUUUUUAUUUUUAUCUUCGUAAGGACAUCCCGCAGCCAAAUUAAACACGUUAGACAAAUUAAAGUAUUUUACCUUUUUGUUAAUCUGGAAGAACAAAUAAAACAUAAUGUUUCAACCUGGAUUCAAACCCUUCAAUUAACAUUAUAUUUCCGGCUUACAAAAAUGUUUUUAAAAGAUUUCACUGAUAAAUAUAACAAAGUGGAAAUUUUGUAAUCACGCGUAUGAUUUCCGUCCAAAUUACACUCCAUGAAUUACCAUUAAAUACUAGGAGUUACUAUCGCAAGGAAAAUGCUGCCGAUAUGUACAUGCAGGAUGUACUACAACCAAAAAGUGUCUUUUUCACUGUAUGUUUCUACAUCAAUGACCUCGUACAAUUGUAUAAAGUAUAAACACGGUGGUCAAAUGUGUAUAAGCGUGGAACGUGUAUCGUGGGUUAAAUUUAAACUAAAGUUGUAAAAGCAGCAAUAAUAAUCUGUAAUUCUUGAAAAAGAUCUUCUAUACAACAUUCAAGGUCUGUUUAAUUAAUCAGCAUUAAAUUUUGAACUUUCGUUUAGCCUAGUGACUUAUUUCAAUGCAUCAAAACAAUUCUGCCUUCCCUCAUGUAAACACCCCAAAGAUACCUGUUCAGGAGGUAGGAAAAGUGCAAUUUGAAUAUCAAAUACCUUGCACAAAGUCAAAGGUCGGCUAAAUGUUCUAAUUCUACUUUCUUGGCGUGGGCAGUUUUAAAUACCUUCAAUGCUUAUAAUUUCUUGCUUUUGUACAUAUAAUUAUAAUAUUUUCAGUGGCAAAGCUAGCCAUAGCAAUAGGUCAUGCUAUGCAAGUUUUUAAUGAAUUACAUCAUUCAAAUAAAUGCAGGUUUAUUAGCAUAUAGCACGUUCAACCACGAGCAUACUUAGAGUGGAUCGAUAUCGCAAAUACCGAAUACCGAUAUACCGCCAUCAGAACACAGGUAAAUACCAGCAUAACGGUAUUUUUAACGUUUUUUUUAAAGGACAUUGGCAACCAAAAUUUUUAUUGCUUCAUCUGAAAGAGCAUGAAAAAAUAAGCCGUUUAGUGCUCUUUCUAUCUCAUUUAGUUCCGAAUUUAUACGCACAAAUGUCCAAAAUAUAAAUUGUUGAUUCAGCACAACGUGUGACGUCAUUGGUUGGGGAAGUAAUGUAUGUUUCUUGAAUAGUAAACUAAAGCAUAGAUAAGUUAUUAUUGCCUCAAAUCAAAUGAAAUUUUGCAUACAGAUAGGACAUGAUGAGACGCAUGGAAAAUACUUCUAAUUUUGUUGUCAAGGAAACACAGUCGUUCCCAGGCCCCUUACAUUUGAUUUGGGCCCAUAAUAACUGAGCUAUGCUUCAGUUUACUACUCAAUAAACAUACUUACCCAACUAAUGACGUCACACGUUGUGCUGAAUCAGCAAUUUAUAUUUUGCACAUUUUUGCAUAUAACUUCGGAACUAGAUGAGAUAGAAUAGAGCAUUAAACGGCCAACUGGCUUAUUUUUUCAAACUUUGUUUUCAAAUGUUGUCGGUUUUAUUCAUAUUUUAUUCACAUCUUAACUCGAUAAUUCACUUUAAUGCAAGCUGGUAUGCAUGAAAUUACAGUGAAUGUUAUCGUUCAUUAUAAAGCUAGCGCAUCAGUUGUGUUUUUAUGUUUGUUUCUAAUAGUCUUAAUUCUUUAUGUGGAGUUUUAAUACUUUAUCUGUUAAGAAAGGCGAGGGGUUGCGGCGUGCAUGUAUUUUCUAGUUUUACGUAAUAUCAUGACCAGGUAUGUGAAAGAUCCAGGACGACGGGCCACGUUACAGAAAUAUCAUGCAGGACGAAAUGAACAAAUGCAGAUUCAAAUUACUAAGAGAACAAGAUGAAUUACUGAGGCGACGGUCGCAUGAAUACUUAAGGGAAUGUCUUUGGAUGAAUAACAGAAUAAAAGAGUUGUACAUGGGGGAAUCUUACCACAAUUAAUGAAACGAAGAUCAACUGUUUUAUUUCGAAGUUUUGGAUAUCCAAGCUCAUGCUUGACCAGCAUCCUAAAAAGAUACAAACGUGUUGAAAAUUAUGUUUGUAAUGUUGUCUCUGAGUGUGUCCAACAACGGUCAAGUUGAAAAGUUUGCUUGACCGUGGUGGAAAUCGAACCCUUGACCUUUGGUUUGCUAGUCUAUGGUCUACUAGCAAAAACGCCACUUCAUCUCAAUUGUCUUUUUGCUCUCGAAAUCUACCGAAAGUGACGUUUAAUUAAUAAGGCAUUCUUGUGGCAGGACACACGAAACGAAGACUGAUUUGCAUAUAUCUUAUUGAAUUUCGGCCUAGUAUUUUGCGAAUUUCCAAAGUAUUUCUCCAAGCCCUGAAAAGGCGAUGGAAAAUGCGAGAAAUGAGAAUAAAUUUUUAACAAUUUAUUGAGAAUUCUACACAGUAACAACAUUGCACCAUUAAAUAACUAGACACUGACAAGUACAAACACAAUACAGACAUAGUGUACAAUACAAGAGUAGAAGAGCCAAACGGACAAAAUAAAGCACGAACGGGAUACGAAGUCCCAUGCAAGGUGCUGCUUGAUUAUUCUCAUAGUAACGCUUCAAUUACAACUGCUUACCAUCAGAUAUAGGUGCACAAUGGUAUAUGUAUAUCAGGUUAUGUGAAGCAUUUACUGUCGUUCCAAUUGAAGUAUUUCUCAAAUAUUGAUUCAAUACAUUACCUCGGGCUGACCAAUUCAUUUGAUCAAGUUCCUCUAGAUAUUUAUACACUUCCUAGUAUAAUUGUAAACUUCCUGUUGAAUAGUUUGAAUGCACCAAUCACCUUUGUUGUUUGUGCAACAAACCAAUCAUAAAUAGAAAGGAAGUGGCCAGAAAUGAUCAAAUACUUGGAAUUGGCUCUUUCACAGGAAGUGUAUGAAUAUCUCGAGGAACUUGAUGAAAUGAAUUGGUCAGCCCGAGGUAAUGUAUUGAAUCAAUAUUUGAGGAACACUUCAAUUGGAACGACAGUAACAUUUAAAACAAACGUUUAUAUUGUACUUGUGCUGUGAGAUAUUUCAAUCAGCAGCUUCAAGCUAUCUGCAGGGUCUGCUGUCAACUCGAACACAUUUCACGCAAAAGGUAUUUCAAUCAAAUUUUUAACGUACUGUACUGUUAUUAUUAGCAUGACAAAAUUACUGGAUACUGAUUGGUUGAGAGGAGUACAAUUAUUUCAUUAAUUGUACUCCAGUACAAUUAAUGAUUUCCCAAAACAAACAAAAUGGCGGAAAGGUAUUAAAAUACAAAAUGAGAUGAAAUUGCCCUAGAAGAACUAGAUACCAACAAAAGCACCAAAUUUUUAUUGGUUGAUAGUCUGGCAGGACUGGGCUUUGGCGAGAGAAUAUGAUGUUGAUCAUUGCGAAGUAUCCAAUUUUGUCAUGCUAAUAAUAAACAAGUAAUCAGGCCGCUCGUCCAAUUUUGGCAAAACUUCCAAACAUCACUCGUACUAUUAAUCCCUAAUUGUACUCGCCAUCGCAUGAUUACCUGUACCUAUACUAAUUUAGUUUUAACCAUAUAAUAAUGUAGAAGAUCUCUGUAAAAUACAGUCAGUGCAAAUGGAACCCAGAGGUCCUAAGCAUAGUGACAAAUAGACAAUUAAACUAUAUUUUUAAGUCCAUUCGCAUGUGUCAGCUUUGUUGAAUGUGAACCCCCCGCAAAAAAAAUUAAAAUCUUUCCCUCUCCUCCCUGAAAAUGUUGUGCAAAAUUUGAAAUCAUAGUAUACACAGGUAUAUGUACCCAUUCCUGCUAAGCCGUGUAAAACUAAUCCUAACGAACUUAAAGGCCUUUACUUAAAUGCCCGAAGUUUGAAGUCUUUCGUCCCUGCACAAUGACACUUCAAAUAAAGUUGGCAAAAUAACCUUACUGCAGGAGUUGGUUCACGGUGGCGAAUAUGAAGUGGUCUGUAUUUGUGAAACUUGGUUAAAUAAUACAGAACUACUUGAUACAGAACUACUCACAGGUUUCAAUAUUUUUCGUCGCGACAGGACGGGGAGAAUUGGCGGUGGAGUUCUCAUCGCGAUUAAAGAAAACUUACAUGCUACUCGGCGUUGUGACCUCGAAAGAGAUGGCACUGAACUUGCUGUAGUUCAACUCAGUAAAGCGAACAAUGAACCAGUAAUUCUUUAUGUGUAUUACCGACCUCCAAACUCUUCUCCUGAUGCUGGUCUCAGUCUUCUAAACAACUCCAUAGCAAGUAACCCGGAGUCAUGUUGCCUAAUCCUAGUUGGUGACUUUAAUAUUCCUUCUAUCUCCUGGUCAGACAGCCCAUCAACUCCUAUUAGCACUGGUGGUUGCUCCAAUGGUGAAAACCUUUGUGAACUUAUCGACGAUAAUUUUCUGUAUCAGUUUGUAGAUGGCCCAACCCACCAUGCUGGAAAUAAGCUUGAUUUGCUGUUUUGUAAUCGUACCGAAACCCUGUCCGACGUACUAACUCUCUCCUGUGAUGAACAUAACUUUCCGACUGAUCACUAUACCAUUGAAUUCCUUAUUCGCACAAAGUUCAGUAAAGCAAAACCUGUGCGGCGAACAGUUUAUGAUUACAACCGAGCUAACUUUCCCGAACUUUGUAAAGCCUUGUCUCAAACAGAUCUUCGUGUAUCUCUUUCGGACAACAUUGAUGAUUGUUGGAAGCAUUGGAAGGACUUAUUUUUAUCAGUUGUGUCAAGUUAUGUUCCGACCAAAGUUGUUAAGGAUACCAACUCUCCUCCCUGGAUCGAUGGAGAAGUUCGCCAUCUAAUCCGGAAAAAGUACGUACACCGCCUUACGUAAAUAUCGCUUGAAGAAAACGCCUGAACGUAAGGUUAAACUGCGGACAUUGUGUCAGCAAGUAAAAAAUGUUAUUCGAAAGAAACAUAAAAAGUAUUUGGAUAAAAUUGAAAUUUCAUUUAAAGAAAAUCCGAAAUUGUUUUGGAAUUACCACAAAGCGGCACUCCACCACCGUUCAGCAUUGAAUCCUGUCAUCUUACACAACAAUGAGACAGCGAUGACCCCAAAACAAAAAGCAGACUUUUGCUCCGUUUUUCGACCACUUAAAGCUUUAUCUAUCACUGACGAUUCACCUCUCUUACUGUCGCCUGUGGAACAAUUGCCUGAUAUAACUGUCUCGGAAGAAGAAGUUGCCCAUCAUCUUGCACAAUUGGAUCCAACUAAGGCAACAGGCCCCGAUGGUAUUCCUGCUCGGGUAUUGAGGGAAUGCAGUUAUGCCAUUGCCCCAAGUCUUUGCUCACUCUUUAAUCAUUCAUUACAUACUGGUACUGUUCCAUCUGAAUGGAAAUCAGCUGAUGUUUCACCAAUUCAUAAGAAAGAUAAGAAAGAACUAGCUCACUGAAGGGCUUGAAUCCGGGUUUUUCCAUUAAUUUAGUUUAUUGUACGAUCAUCCAGAUUAAAUUUUUUUAAUUAUUUCUGACGUUUCGGCUACCUACACGGCAGCCAUUAUCAAAGACGUAUUACAGUUACACAAACUAAUUAUAAUAAUUUAUAAUAUAUAUAGUUAUAAUAAUUUUAUCUUGCGUCAAAAAUGACGUGCGCGUGUUCGUGAUGUUGUUUGCUCGCGCCUGCAUUCAUCGCGAUUAGUCCAGCGUGGCAGCGUAUGCUCCUGGCAUAUCGCGGCAAAUAUUGAUGCUGUUUUCAUCGCAUUUUGUAAACCAACUUUCCAAGAACAUUCUCUCAUCCUCAAAACCAGUAAACUCCAUACAAGUGGCUCUCUCCCAAUCAAUUCUAUGAUUUGUUUCCAUAUGAUAUCAGAAACUGAAGUUUAUUGUUUGUCCGACCCGAGUGUAUUGGUGUCUGACAGAACUGUAGCUUUGUCUGACGCUUUCUCCGUGCACGUAAAUCAAAAUGACCCUAGUCCAGCGGGUCAUUGCGGGGCGGCGAGUGAAAUGGUGAGGUGGAAAACAAGCUUAAGUUAACGAAGUUGUACUGCUAUCAUUGGCAAGCAAGUUAAUUUUGGCUCGGAAAUAAGUCUGAAUGACGCAAAUUAAUAUCAGCACAAUGCAUUCAUUCUGAACUAAAUGUUAACUGUGAAGAUAAUAAAUAAUUUGUGUCAUUCACAUUUAUUUCCAAGCCAAAAUUAACUUGCUUGCCAAUGAUAGCAGUACAACUUCGAUAACUUUUAAGUUUAAGCUUAAAAGCUUGUUUUCCACCUCACCAUUUCACUCGCCGCCCCGCAAUGACCCGCUGGACUAGGGUCAUUUUGAUUUACGUGCACGGAGAAAGCGUCAGACAAAGCUACAGUUCUGUCAGACACCAAUACACUCGGGUCGGACAAACAAUAAACUUCAGUUUCACUUAGGUCGGACAGAAUGUCCAGUGGUUUCCUCUCUACGUCGGACAAUUUGAUGAAUGGAUCAGACAAGGUCCGUGACCGACCGAUAUUUCAAGGCCUGCAGUAGUACUGCAAUAUAUUUACUAGUAUUUGGCGCACAUGUCUGGCGCACAAAAAAGUCUCAUUCCAUACACUCAGGGCCUAAUGGAUGGGUUAUAACCAUAACUACAGCUUUCCAGCAAUAUAUUUUUUUUCAUUGAAUUUGUUGUUGGUUUGUCAAGUACUGUAUGUUAUGUACAACUUGUCAGUGUUAAGCACAAAGGGCGAGGAAACGGGCAACCCUCAGGGAUUUGACAUCAUGUAUGGCCCCGUGAGUAGUACCUUCUUCCCAAGAGAGGGGAUAUUUGACUUUCCAGAGAGGGGAUACCUGACUGUGCAGAGGGAGUCUGGCGAUCACCUUUUUUUGCGUUGGAUCCUCGUCACCAGGCCUCGCGACUGCACACCGUGCUGGAGAAUCAGACAUUUCCUGGAUUUUCAACAUGGUAAAGUUAUCAGUUAUAUAGUUCUAUUAAAUUUUGCUUAAAACAGGGUUGAGUUACAAAAUGGGUGUUUGGCACAAGCCCAUUCAAAUUUAUUUAUACCUCUGAGAAAACGAGAUCUUCACAGCAAAAAUCGCAAUAUAUUUCAACAGUUUUUAGUCGAACGGCGCGUUGAGAAUAUUUAUAGCUUGAAUAAUAAUGAGCCGCACUGAUUCGCGUGUUGCAUUUCGGGAAGACCCUCAUUCCUCCUCUGCUCUAGAACAUUUUCCAAAUACUUCUGGUUUCGAAAUCAAUUGGGUUUUUUUGGUGGGUGGGGGGGGGGAUCCCCCCCCCCCUUCAUAAAACACUGGCCUAGUGGGGCCUGUUGCCCCCUGCGGUCACUAACUUGUCUAGCCGAGCCUUCCAACAACUCAAAUCUAUAGGGUCUAGGAAAUGCAAUCCACUGGAAAAUGUUUAAAAUCUAAUAAGGUAUUUACACAGGGUUCGUUUUUGAGAUUUCGCUACUCGUUUUGCUAUACAGUAAUAUAAAAAAUAACUAUUCAACCUGAGAAGAUUUCAAAUGUGAAAAAGUAAAACUGAUAACAUUGGAAACGUUUGUUUUCAAACAAUUCUUUGUGUAUUUUGAGGCGAAACAUUCUCUCAUAUGCGCUGAUAUUUCUGAAUAGACAAUAGAAUUCUGUUGCGUUUCCUAAUGGCCUCAAGCUGUGUUUUGAUUUAAUGUUUUAAUAUGAUAGGCUGAUAUUAUAAAAAUGUGUCAAAAUCCACUUAGGAAAGGUCAAAAGUCAUGUUUAACAUGA